AUGCCUCAAAAACGCACCAAUAAAGAACAGAGACUUCACAAAACUUUUAACCCUUUCUUCACUAAUGCAAGUACUUUCUAUCAUUCUCAAAAGAUACCAGAGAUUACAACUUCUAUUCAAGAUACUUUGAAUCCUUCUUCCUCUUCACAAAUAUCUGAAAUUCAAGAAAAGCUUAAUUUUUAUCGUCAAAAAGCUAUGGAGAUUACAGAUUCCAAAUUGAUUGAACAACAAGUUUAUGAAUAUAUUACACAAAUGACUAAAAAAACAUCUGGUGAAUAUAAAGCAAAUUCAAUAAAGCAAGCUGUUGAUGCUAUUAAUCGUUAUUUGCAAGUUCAAGAAAUUCUUGCUGAUGACUUUCUUAAUCCUAACACCUCUGAAGGUCUUUUAUAUCGUAUCAAUUUCAAUUUCUAUCUAAUGGUAGUUUACUUUAUUGCCGUUAUUAUAGCAAAAACAAUCAGUAUAAAAUUAAAGGAUGAAGCUGCACAGAAUAUUCAUCUUCUUCCAAAUUCAGAAUCAGCCAAUGUUAUUAAAAAAUAUUUGUCUAAACGUCUUAGUGGGAAUUUUAUGAAAGAUAUUGGAAAGUCUAUUAAAGUAGAACUUCCAUUUGGUCUUUUAACAAAUCAUUCUGGUCAUAAAAUUGUUGUUCAAAUUCUUCAGGAUGCUAUUCCAGAAGAUGCUAUAAUGGGAGUAACAGAUCAUAAAAGUAUUUAA